AUGGUCAUGUUGAUCGUCGACGAGAUCAGCCAGGUGGGCGGACUCACGCUCGCGGCGCUAGACGGCCGUCUGCGGCAGUACAGGGAUGAUCAGCAUCGACCGUUUGGCGGGAUCCCAAUGGUGAUGUCCUUUGGUGACUUCUUCCAGUUCGACCCCGUCCUGCAGACCAGCCUCCUCUUGCCAAGGCCUAGGGACCGCAGCGGACAGAGACCAGAGAGCUCAGCAAAGCACCUAGCAGCGCAUAAGCUGUUCCUCCAGUUCACGAACGUCGUCAUCCUCCGCGAACAGGUCCGCGCGGCCGGCUGUCCAAGGCUGCGGGGCUUCCUCCGGCGUCUGCGCAACGGCGAGCAGACCGAGCUAGACUUCCAGCGGCUAUGCCACCGCCUCCAUACACCGUCGUGCGAGUCCUCCUUCGUAGAUGGCUUGAGAGCCAUCACGCCUCUGAACCGAGACCGGUGGGACCUGAACAUGGCGGCCGUCGUCCAGUGGGCUCGUGCCCACGGCAAGCACAUCUCCAUCUUUGUGGCCAAGCACGAUACUGAGUCGGGGAAACGACUGAGUGCGGGGGGCCUAUGCCAUGUGGUGACUCGCAACCAGUUUGUCGGGCUGAAGGUGGUCAACGGCGCACCUUUCAAGACCGUCGACAUCUUUCCCGAUCUUGCUGCCGGCACCAUUGCCCUCGCCAGUGACGUGACUCUUCAUCUUGGACCGCUGGUGGCCGUCCUCCUUCAGUCAGACGAUAGCGCGGGCCCCGCCAUCCCCGGGCUCCCCAAUGGCACCAUCCUGAUCAAGAGCAAGACGGUCGCCAUCCCGAGCCAGAUGCGGGGCAAAGAAGGCAGAUGGAGGGGCAAGCCGGGUUUCAGGUGGCUAUCGAGGGCGGAGAGCUGGGACGGGCUGCAUCUGUUUCGGAAACCGGCGCGUGGCGACUUUAUCGAGCCCAAGAAUGUGCUUGACAAAGACAUGAGGGAGGCUAUAGUCAAGCUGGAACGACGGGGCGAGGAGACCAGACGGCGGUUCGAGCAAGACCACAGGCACGAGUCGUGGUUUCAAGAAUGGGAUGCCAUGCCUGAAUCUGGCCAGGGUACUGAAACCGAUGACGUAGAGGACGCGGCGCUCUGGCGAGACCCUGGGGUUUCCGAGCUCAGAUCGUAG